UUGUGGAAGGCAGGAGGCGAAGUAUGCUUCGAUGAGCAAGUUGGUUUUGCCAACGUGGCAACAUGAAGGCAACAUGAAGAGCCAGUGGUGCUGAGCAAUGCGUUUUCUGGAAUGAUGAAUUUUCAGCUUCACUGCAGAGCCAACAUGAAUGGAUAUGCCGAGUACCCCCCAAGCCCCGGUCCCCCUGCCCGGGAGCCAGAGGAGCCUGAGCCCUGUGGAGCCCCGCUCCAGGAAGAUGUGCACAUGCGCAGUAGCUCCAGUGGGAAUGAAACCGAGGAGAACCGCUCCCCGGGGCAGGACUGCCAGGGCAGCCAGGAGCUGGAGAUGCUGGUGGGGCCGCCCAGCGCCUCCCCAGGUCCCAAUACCUUCGACCUCAUGAUGGCAAAGUCUGAACACAGCACGUCUGCAAGUGGCUGCAGCGAGCAGUCCGCCAAAGCAGACGCGCACAAGGAGCUGAUAAAAACGUUAAAGGAGCUGAAGGUCCACCUGCCAGUAGACAAGAAGGCCAAGGGGAAAGCCAGCACACUGGCCACCUUGAAGUACGCGCUAAGGAGCGUGAAGCAGGUGAAAGCCAAUGAGGAGUAUUACCAGCUGCUCAUGUCCAGUGAGAACCACCCCUGCAGUGCCAACGUGCCCUCCUACACCAUAGAAGAGAUUGAGAGUGUCACCUCCGAGUUCAUUGUGAAGAACGUGGGUAUGUUUGCUGCGGCCGUGUCCCUGGUCACCGGGAAGAUCCUGUACAUCUCUGACCAAGUUGCCUCCAUCUUCCACUGUAAAAGGGACGCCUUCUUUGGCGCCAGGUUCGUGGAAUUCCUGGCGCCCCAUGACGUGAGCGUGUUCCACGCCUCCACCACGCCUUACAAGCUCCCGCCCUGGAGCAUGUGUAGCGGAGCAGAUUCAUUUACUCAGGAAUGCAUGGAGGAGAAAUCAUUCUUCUGCCGUGUCAGCAUUGGGAAAACUCAUGAGAAUGAGAUUGACUACCACCCGUUCCGCAUGACGCCUUACCUGGUCAAGGUGCGGGACCCGCAGGGCGCCGGGGGCCAGCUGUGCUGUGUGCUGCUGGCGGAGAGAGUACACUCGGGCUACGAAGCCCCUAGAAUUCCUCCUGAAAAGAGAAUUUUUACGACCACACAUACACCAAAUUGUCUGUUCCAGGAUGUGGACGAAAGGGCGGUCCCCCUCCUGGGCUACCUACCUCAGGACUUGAUUGAGACCCCCAUGCUCCUGCAACUUCACCCAAGUGACCGGCCUUUGAUGCUCACCAUCCAUAAAAAGAUUGUACAAUCCGGUGGGCAGCCCUUCGACUAUUCUCCCAUUCGGUUCCGCGCCCGGAACGGCGAGUAUGUCACUCUGGACACCAGCUGGUCCAGCUUCAUCAACCCGUGGAGCAGGAAGAUCUCCUUCAUCAUCGGCAGACACAGAGUCAGGGUGGGCCCUUUGAAUGAGGACGUGUUCUCAGCUCAGUCUCCAGUGGAGGAGAAGGACCCGCCCCCCAGCAUUCAGGGGCUCACAGAGCAGAUCCACCGGCUGCUGCUCCAGCCCGUCCCCCACAGCGGCUCCAGCGGCUACGGGAGCCUGGGCAGCAACGGGUCCCACGAACAUCUCAUGAGCCAGACCUCCUCCAGUGACAGCAACGGUCACGAGGACUCCCGCCGCAAGAGGACCGAGAUUUGUAAAAAUAAUGGCAACAUCAAAAACAAAAGUCAUCCUGGGGAAUCUGGAGAACAAAAGGAAAAAUCUGCAACAGAGACUCCAAGUAGUUCCUCUGCUCAGAUGAAAGCUGUCCCCGUGGAACAGGACAGCUCUGGCACUAGCCUGCCCGUGGGCGGCUCUCCCGAGGAGCUGGGCUGCAGGAACCCGCCCGCCGGUUCCUACCAGCAGAUCAGCUGCCUGGACGGCGUCAUCAGAUACCUGGAGAGCUGCAGUGAGGCGGCCACCCUCAAGAGGAAGUGUGAGUUCCCGGUGAACGUGGCGACACAGAAGGCCAGUGAUAAGCGACAGGCAGUGGCCAGCCCCGGGCUGCCUUCCGCAGAGACAGCGUCAUCCUCCAAGGUGAACAGCCACGCGGGGGUCAGCGCACACUUGCCAUCACUGACGCUGCCCAGCAAGGCGGAGAGUGUAGUGUCCCUCACCAGCCAGUGCAGCUACAGCAGCACCAUCGUGCAUGUGGGUGACAAGAAGCCGCAGCCCGAGCUUGAGCUGGUGGAAGAUGCCAUGAGCGGGCCUGAGUCUCUGGACGGACGGCCGUGCAUCCUGGGCGCAGAGAAGGAGCCCCUCAGGACGCUGGGCCUUACCAAGGAAGUGCUGGCUGCCCACACCCAGAGGGAGGAACAGAGCUUCCUGCUCAAGUUCAAGGAGAUGCGAAAACUCACUAUCUUCCAGUCUCGCUGCCAUUAUUAUUUACAGGAAAAGUCCAAGGGGCAGCUGAGUGAGAGAGCUGCACCAGGACUAAGAAAUGCUUCUGGAAUAGAUUCAUCUUGGAAAAAAACUGGGAAGAACAGAAAACUGAAGUCCAAACGGGCCAAGCCUCGAGACUCUUCUGAGAGCACUGGGUCUGGGGGCCCUGCGCCCCACCGGCCCCCACUGAUGGGCCUGAAUGCCACAGCCUGGUCACCGUGGGAUACGUCCCAGUCCAGCUGCCCCACAACGCCCUUCCCUGCCUCGGUGCCUGCUUACCCCCUGCCUGUGUUUCCAGCCCCAGGAAUCAUGCCCACACCAGGGAUGGUGGCAUCGGCACCCCUGGCUCCCCAGGCCAGCUUCGCAGUGCCUGCCGUGCCCAUGGACACCCAGCAUGAGUUUGCCAUCCAGCACCCGCCGUUCGCUGUCCCCUUGACCCCAGUCAUGGCUUUGGUAUUACCCAACUAUUCCUUCCCAUCAGUGACCCCCAGCCUGCCCCAGGCCUUCUUCCCAGGCCAGCCUAACUUUCUAUCUGAGAUGAUCCCUGCCUCGCAGCCUGAGCUCCCCAGCCGGACCUCACCCCACAAAGCACCAUGCACGUGUCCUCUGGCGGAGCGUGGGCUGGCAGCUUCUCGCACAGCCACCCCCAUGUCCCCACCAUCUGCCUCUGGGCCCCCGGGCAGAGCCUCCCCUCCGCUCUUCCAGUCCCGAGGCAGCUCACCUCUGCAGCUCAACCUGCUGCAGCUGGAGGAGGUCCCUGAGGGCAGUGCCGCGGCCUCAGGAACGGCAGGGCCGGCAGGGACAGCAGGGACAGCGGGUGCAGGGCCUGACUGCAGACCUUCCACAUCCUGGGACCGGCAGCCGAAGGCCUCGCCAAUCCAUGAGGAACCUGCAGAUGCCCGGAACAGUGAUGCCCUCUCCACAUCCAGUGGCCUGCUCGACCUCUUGCUGCACGAGGACCUGUGCUCAGCCACAGGGUCGGCCCUGUCUGGGAGUGGAGCCUCUGCUACAUCUGACUCCCUGGGCUCAGGCUCACUGGGCUGCACUACAUCCAGAAGUGGAGCAGGCAGUAGUGACACAGGUCACACCAGCAAGUAUUUCGGAAGCAUCGACUCUUCAGAGAAGAACCACAAAGCGAAAGCGAAGGCAGAUAUGGAAGAAAGUGAGCAGUUCAUCAAGUAUGUCCUGCAGGACCCCGUCUGGCUGCUGAUGGCCGACACAGAUGACAGUGUCAUGAUGACCUACCAGAUGCCUUCCCGGAAUCUGGAAGCAGUGUUGAAGGAAGACCGGGAGAAGCUGAGAGCCAUGCAGAAGUCCCAGCCCCACUUCACUGAGGGCCAGAGGCAGGAGCUGCUGGACGUGCAUCCAUGGCUGAGGGGCGGCCGCCUGCCUGCCGCCCUGGACCUCACGGAAUGUAUUUACUGUGGGAACAAGGGACAAGACAACAUCUGCCCACCCUACGAGGAAGAUACCCCUACUCUGGGUCUCAGUGAAGCCACAGAUGCCAAAGAGGAAGAAAAUGGAGCCCCCUUGAGUCACAGAAGUGAAGAGCAGACCUAGCUCUCCUCCCUGUGCCCCGACAGCUUGUGAUCUACAUUAGAUGGUGCUCAGAAGCGAUGAAAGAUGUUCAUAUCUGUUUGUAAUGAAAUGGACAGAUAAACUUAUGUCGCUUUUUUUGUUUUAGAAAAAAACAUAGUUUUCUGAAGGAAUGAUUUAAAACUGUGGAGAGUGGGAAAGGUCAGGGAGGAAAUACACUUUGGUAUUUAAAACAUAAAUACAAAGUUUGGGACAGAUUUCGUUAUUCCUUAACUUGAGAAAGCUAGAAUGCCCUCAGCAUGCAGCAGGGAGGUUGCCCUAGGGCUCUCAGAGGUCUGUGCCCCGUGGAGGCUUCUGGCUGGCGGGGGGGUUGUCCAGAGACAUCUUCCAGCCUGCAGCAAAUAGCUGGGAUGCUCCCGGUCCUUCCGGAGCUGCCCCCGGGUGUGUUUGGAUCAGAUCAGAUUCUGUCCUCUGGGGUCUGCUCUGUAUCUAGUAGAUCACCUAGACAUCAUCUAGACAAACUAGAUGUUUUUGGAAUGUACCAAAUGGAGAUCCCAGCCUCUCCUAACUUUCUGUCAAAGUGUUUCGUGUGCGUCGCUGUGAAGCAUACUUCGGCAAACCAGCAGCUUCUGCUUUGGCUACUAUGUUGGCAAACCUUUCAAUCUGAUGUAGCUUGUGUUUUGCCCAAGCCAAGGAGAGAUGCUCACUCUGGAAAGAAUAAGCCCUGUGGUUUGUCUGACCAGCUCCAUCAGACUGGCACAUACCCAGAACCUUCUGUGUAUUUCUACAUCAUCCUUGGGUCCCUUUCAGACCAUGACCCAUAUGUAGAUAAAAUAUGGUGUUGACUGUCUCUAUGGCGACUUCCCUUUGCAGACCGGUCUCCGGUAGCCACAUUUGGAACCCGUUGGUGUCUGUCCUUCAGCUGGAGCCUCCCAGACAUGAGCUCUGACACUGUGAGUUGGUGACCCCAUCUGUGCUUUCCUGAGUGCCGUGAGCUUGCCUCUCCCCGCACCCUGGGCUGAUAUGCCAACCCUUGUUCUUUCCAUGAGCCUGACCUCACUCGGGGAAGCUUCUGAUCCCAGCAGUGACAGUCCUCACGUCACCAGCACUGUCUGGUCACUGGGACACCGGUGGAGGAGUGAGGCCGGUCUGCCCAUUUCCUUACAAAACCUCAUGUUGCAUUGUGGAUUCCAAGGAUUGUUUGGGGGAAAGCUACAUUGGUCCCUGGAGUGAAGGUUACUGCAGGAGAAAGAGCUGACUUAAGAUCGGGUUGAGUUUGUAAAAACAGAAAAGAAAGCAGGCUUCCUCCCAUCCUCUGAUGGAGAAGUGGCUGCAAGAGUCAGUGCAGCCUCCAUGUAAUCUGCUUGGUUUUCAGUCUUACAUUUGGAUAUUAAUCCGAUUUUUCUUAAACUCCAAUGUAAGAAUCCUGGUGGGUUUUUAAAAUUAUUUAUAAAGUAACAGCACCAUCAGAUGCCCAAAAUGAGAUGGUAGCCUGUGUAUUUGUUGGAGAAUAGAUGCCUUCAAACCUGCCCCCUGCCGCUGAGGUCCAAUCAUUAAGGGAUUAGAUGCUAGUCAAGGUUACGUGUAUGUUACCUGAACACACAACUGUCAAAACAUUGUCCACGGUUAUGAAUGUUUACCAUCAGCGUUAUUUUAUUAUAUGAUCUAUGCUCAUUGAUUGUUAAGUGCAUAGCUUAACGCGUGCUGGGCAGUUGACAAUAGGAGCAUUUUGUGAAAUUGUUUACAUGGUGCCACGUAUCAAGACGUGUUUCCCUUAGUAUGUGUGCUUACACAGGGGUUAUAAAACCUUUUUCUCAAUUUUAAACUGAGCCUUCUUUUUAAUCUAUUCCUGAAAAGACGUGUAAAUAAGCUCUCAGAGUCUGUGUAAUGACUUGGUCAGCCUUGCCGUUCACAUGGUUUGUUCACACACAGACCAAAAUUUCUUCACCCAGUGCAAUAUGUUUGUUUACUGCUUGUGUCUUUUUAUGACUGUUUUUGCUUUUUAGAAAAUUGCUAAAUAAAGCAAGUAUAUUUUUGUUGUUAA